AUGUGCCACGACGCUGGCUUGAGGAUCGACGCCAGAACGUCUUGGAAUUUAAAGCUCGGUGUGUUUAACGUGACGUUUGGUCGGAGCCGUUUCUACGACAUGCUGCAUGGUCACCACGGGGGAACCGACACCAGCGGAUACGGCGGAUCUCUGAAGCGCUCUUGCUGCGGCGGAGCUUCGGGCGGCAUAGAAAUGUCCGUGCCACUGCCUCCCGACACGCUGACUCUGCCCUUCGAAAUGAAAAUGAGCUUUGCCAUGCGGCGGCGAUGGGUUGUGGUGCUGCUGGUGCAGGCAUGGCUCUCUGCGAGUCUCUGCCACGGAGAGCGCCCGUGCCCGCGAAGCUGCCGGUGCGACGGCAAGAUCGUCUACUGCGAGUCCAGCGCGUUCCGAGAUGUCCCAAAAAACCUGUCGGGCGGCUGCCAGGGCCUGUCUCUGCGCUACAACAGCCUGGUGAGCCUGCGGGCCGGACAGUUCGUCGGACUCAACCAGCUCAUCUGGCUCUACCUGGACCACAACUACAUAUCAAGCUUGGAUGCUCAUGCCUUUCAAGGGAUAAGGAGGCUCAAAGAGCUGAUCCUGAGCUCCAACAAGAUCACCAUGCUGCAUAACACCACAUUCCACUUGGUUCCCAACUUGAGGAACUUGGAUUUAUCCUACAACAAGCUUCAGGCUUUGCAGCCAGGACAGUUUCAAGGACUGCGCAAACUCAUCAGCUUACACAUGCGCUCGAAUUCCUUGAAGAACCUACCGUCUCGGCUCUUCCAGGAUUGCCGCAACCUAGAGUUCCUCGAUUUCGGGUACAACCGCCUGCGCAGCAUCACGAGAAACGCCAUGUCCGGGCUGGUCAAGCUGACCGAACUGCAUCUGGAGCAUAACCAGUUCUCCAAAAUCAACUUCUCAAACUUCCCCAGGCUGUACAACCUGCGGGCGCUUUACCUGCAGUGGAAUCGGAUUCGGACCAUGAGCGAGGGCCUGACGUGGACCUGGUCGUCCAUACAGAAGCUGGACCUUUCUGGGAACGAUCUGCAGGAACUGGAACCCGAAGUGUACCGAUGCAUGCCGAACCUCCAGACGCUUAACGUGGAUUCGAACAAGCUGACUAACGUCUCGCAGGACGUCGUGUCGGCCUGGAUAUCGCUGACUAUGAUCAGCCUGGCUGGGAACAUGUGGGACUGCGGACCUGCCAUCUGUCCCCUCGUUGGCUGGCUGAAGAACUUCCACGGGAACAAGGAGACGCCCAUGAUUUGCGCCUCGCCCAAGGAGCUUCAAGGCGAGAAAGUCAUGGAGGCCGUCGAUGCGAGCGGAGUGUGUAAGGUCUUGCUCGUUACGCCCUCGUUCGCCGGUUACCCGUCCACCCUUUCCGGGGUCCCUGCCAUGAACGCAGCCCUUCCAUUUUCCCCGACGCUUCAACCGAGCGGCAGCAGAAGAGGCCAGGGGACGUCCCUGCAACACCCUACUCCUUCGAGUCCUCCGCAGUCCGACGUGUCUCCGCCCGAGCAGGACUUCGAGCCGGUUUCCUUCCACAAGAUCGUAGCAGGGAGCGUGGCGCUGUUCCUGUCCGUGGCGAUGAUCCUCCUGGUGAUUUACGUCUCGUGGAAACGCUACCCCAGCAGCGUCAAGCAGCUGCAGGAAAACUCCUCGGCCGCCCGGAAGCGCCGGAAAAAAUCCAGGGAGACCGAACGUACACUCAGCACCACCUUGCAGGAGUACUACGUGGACUACAAACCGUCCAGCUCCGAGGCCACGGACGUUCUGGUGAACGGAACCGGACCGUGCACCUACUCCAUUUCCGGUUCCAGAGAAUGUGAGGUCCCUCAUCAGAUGAGCGCCCUGACCUUCUACCGCUACGAGCAGCCCAUGCUGGAUUACUGCCAGGCUCACCAGCCCAUGCGCCUCAACGUGAACUACGAAAUCCCACCGCAGGCGCUGGAGGACAUGGCUCCGCAUGACAGGGCAACCAUCCAGACCGUGGCGCUGCCCGCCGUGCCCCCGUCCAGCCCACCUCUCGCCCUGAGGACCCCCGUGCAGGUCCCGGGACUGACCUAUCCGGGGACGGAACGCUCCGUGAGCUACCCGACAGCCGAGCGGUCCACCGGCACGCUGACCUUCGGACGCUAGCGCUGCAGGACGCCGGCGCUGUCGGGAGAGAAGUCUUUCGAUGGCUGAGAUUUUCAGGCGCCGAGUCUUGACGGUCGGCACUUUUUGGGAAGCUUGAGGAGCAGGUUUGUAGGUGUUUACGCUUUCAGAUGUCCACUCAUUUGGAGGAUACCUUUAUUUGAUGGUAACACUUCCUAAAACAAUCGCUUCAAGCGAGUACGCUUUCGGAUGUGGGAUUUAUUUAACGGCAGCACUUUCUGACGUAAACACACAGUGUUCGAAAGCCUGCUUGUCUGGGUGUGGAUUCUUUCAGAGGGGAACCUUAUCCUACCUGCUUUUGGAUGUUAUUCUGUUCGGAAGGUGGAUUUUUUUUCGGAUGGAGGUACUUCGGAGGCUAACAGAAGUGUCGGAAGUGUCACCAUCACUAUUAAGGCGGCUUAAACUCAAAAACUUGAUGUGAAUGGAUUCUUCAACUGAGUAAACCUUUUUUAUUAUUAUUAUUUUACUUUUUGUGAAAAAAAACGUUAGAAGGAAUUAAAAACAGCUAACCAAGGACUCGGCUUCAAUACACUUCUACUCCAGUGAGCUUUGUGUACAGGGAGAGACGGGAUUUCAGUGUUAGUUCUUGUCAAUUUCUUCUCCUUUUUAUUUCUUAAAUGUAUUUAUUAUUAAUUUUCUUUUUUACACAAACCCUGCUCAAUGAAAAAUUCUAAACCGAUAUAGCAGACAGCAUGCACGGCAUGUUAAAUGGCGCACCGCUCCGUCAUCCCGUAUCCUGUUCAGGGGCGGCACCUCGGAGAAACCGAUAACGGCGAUCCGCUCACGCUGGGUGGAGAAUUAAACAGAACGUGCAAUAAACCAGGCGGCGUGUGGAGGAAGCCGAUUAAAGUUUCAGCAGAGCUGGACGACUUCUCACUGUUCAGAAACGAUUACAGGAGAAUAGACGUCCUCGGCUCGGACCUCGUGAUAGUGCAGUUAGGUUUCGAUUAGAGAGGAACGUAUAAGGUUUUGGUGUAGAGCUCUAGAGACGUGCACCUCUACCAAAGAUCGAGCAGAAGUCGUGGCACCACUUGAGAGCCUUCCAAUAUUUCAGCCCUAAAUCCUAGAUAGGCUGAGAUUCACUAAAUAAAAACACAUAAAUGAUUGGUUUAUUCCACCUGGUGUGUAUCUGUCUGCAUGUGUGUUUUCCCAGACUGUUAACACACGAGUCUCACUCCCCAAAACUAUCCUGACGUCCUCAAAGCUAUCUCAAUUAUAUAUGACGAGAAACCCUCUAAUGAUGUAAAAGUUGAGACGUUUUGCUGUGAAAGUGGGAAAUAACCCGACACAGCCAGUUUUUCUGUACCGCGGUCUUUACUCGGAGCAUGUCCGUCCCGUCAGUCCGGCCAGAAAUGAAAAAAAAAAUAGUUGUUUUCUCUAAAUAAAUAAAUAAAUAAAUAUAAAAGCUCACAGAACAACAGAACGAGGAUAAUUGGGUGUCAGCUCUGCCCGCUCGCCCUUCCAUUCAGUUUGAACCCAUUUAAGGUGUUUUAGAGUGUUUGUACUGACCAUGAACCAUAUUCAGAGUUGGCGAGUUGAAA